AACAAAAAGUAUGUUCGUGAGUGGUUUGGAAUCGUAGAACAAAUUAGUUAUUUUUAUGCAAGUAAGCAAGUGGCGUUUUUUAGGAUUUAAAUUGGAUAAAAAUAAGUGAUUUGUAUUAAAUGUAUAUACUUAUUUAAUUCUAAACUUCAAGAAAAGAAAAAUGCGUAUUAUAAUUUUGUCUUUAACACUGUUACUGUGUGGUGUAUAUGUUACACGUGCAUAUGAAGACCAGACACUAGAGGAUGAUGAUUUUGCAGAGUUUGAGCAGUUUGAGGCGGAUGAAGAGACUGCAGACGCAGAUUUCAGUGAAGAUGUUGUACCAGUGUUAAAGCCAAAAUUACCGCCAGUUAAAGAGAAGUUUGAAGACAGUAGUGAUGUAGAAGAUGACAUUAUAAUUGAGGAUGAAGAUAAUGAAUUUGAACAUUUCCAAGAUCCUGAGGAGUUUGAAGGCUUUCAGGAAACAACUCCAAAAACUUCAGAACAACCCAAGAUAACAAUUUCAAAGGUUCCUAUAAUGGUGCGUCCGCGCUGGGACGCCUAUUGGUUGGAGGGCAUCCUGUGCUGCUUGCUCGCGGCGUACGCGCUGGCGUACGCAAUCGGUCGCGCCAAGAAUGCGUCCAUUGCCACCAACUUCCUCAAGUUCCACAAGCCGCUUUUGGAUGACAACUUCACUUUAGUCGGAGAAAGCGGGCUGGACGUGGUGGCGGUGUGCGACGAGCGCGGCUGGCGGCGCGAGGCGGAGCACUGCUUCACCAUGUGGUGCAGCGGCCGCCAGUGCUGCGAGGGCAUGCUGCUCACGCUCAAACUGAUCAAGCGCCAAGACUUAGUGCACACUCUGCUGGGACUGGUGCGACCCACUCCGGACACGUUGCUCAUACGAGUGGAACUCGGCAAAGACGACAGCGACCCCUACGUCUUCUGCGUCGGGCAGAAGAAGUUCGCCACGCGCCUCGGCAAGGAGAUGCAGGACCUGAGCAUGUUCUGCGGGGAGAAGCGCCCUGGCGACAAGCACGGGCUGCCGGCGACGCUGGCCGUGCUGUCGGAGUGCGCGGAGGCGACGGCGGCGCUGCUGGACGCGCGCGUGACCGCCGCGCUGGAGCAGUACCAGCGCCACGUGCAGUACAUCCACGUGUCCGACCGCUACUGCGGGCCCAAGCAGAUGGAGGAGACGGUGGCCACGAAGCCGCCCGACACGGAGCGCGUGAUGCUGGUGAGCCUGGCGCUGGGGCCCGACGGCGGCGGCGACGAGGUGCGCCCGCUGCUGCUGCUCGUCUUCUACCUGCUCGACAAGAUCAAGAGGCUGCGGCUCAGCAAGGAGGCGUUGUCCAAAUGUGAGAAGCGUCGUCAGAAGGCGGCCGAGGCGUGGAUGCGCGGCGCACACGCGGCGCGCGCGGAGCAGGCCGCUCUCCGCAGAGAAGAGAAGAGAAAGCAGGAGAAGGAGAAGAUGUUGACGGAGGACGAUCCAGAGAAGCAACGUCGCUGGGAGCUGAAGGAACAGAAGCGCCAGCAGAAGCGUAAGGCCCCCAAAAUGAAGCAGCUCAAAGUCAAGGCUCUGUAAUCUGAGAGUUACUGCGAUGCAAUAUUAUUGUUUAAUUUUGUUACCUAUUUUAAGUGUUAAACAGACAGUCAUGUGAAUAAAUUGAUUUAAUUAUAGCUUAUGAAUAAAUUGAUUUAAAUAUA